GGGAAGGAGGGACCAUCCCGUCCACCCGCCCGUUGCUGCUGUACAUGUUCUUCCUCCUCGCCCCACGAAGGGUCAAAGUUUGCCAGCAACAAUAGACGGAAAAUAGCGUCGAAAAUUAAGGAUUAUCAAGUGGAGAUUUGGCCGUGAGACAAUGGCCCCGCUGUGGAGAUGCACUAUUUUAGGUCUACUUUGCUGUUUUACGCUUGUUCCUGUGUGGGCAGAAGGAAAUGGGCUGCACAGGCAGAAAAGAGAUUGGAUUCGUCAUCCCAGGCAGCUAAAAGAGAACCACGACUACUCUGGCAUAAACAUUGGCAGAAUUCGUUCAGAUAAGGAGAACUUCACGAGGAUACUAUAUUCGCUGAGGGGGCCUGGUGCCGACGAGCCCCCUGUUCGAGUGUUCGGGGUGGACGCAAUAACUGGCUUUUUAAAAGUGUAUAAAGUUUUGGACCGAGAAGAAAUAGCCUUUUAUGAUUUAAAAGGAGUGGCAAAAUAUGAAGACGGGACUCGUGCCGAGAAAGAUGUGGACAUCAGAAUAACUGUGGUGGAUGAAAAUGACAAUACACCCAUAAUUAAAGCAAACCAAGUGGGAUCCGUCAACGAAUCAUGCGCUGCAGGAACAGUGGUCAUGAGGGUGAUAGCCACUGACGCAGAUCAAGAGAACACCCUAGCUUCCCAGAUGUUUUACAGCAUCGUGGAGACCAGCAGCUCUGCCGGCAUGUUCUUCAUCAACUCUCAGACCGGAGAGGUCACGGUUCUACAAAACACACUGGACAGAGAGACAAAAGAUACAUACAAGGUAGUAGUCAAAGCUUCUGAUUUGAAUGGACAAGCUGGAGGAAACGUCGGAAUGGGAGAAAUUGUGAUUAAACUUCUGGACAUAAAUGACAACGUCCCCACCCUGGAGAAAGAAUCGUAUGAGGGCAGUGUGGAGGAGAACACAAUCAACGUGGAAGUGCUGAGGAUCCAAGCCAUUGACUUGGACCUGCAAUACACGGACAACUGGCUGGCGGUCUUUCAAAUUAUCUCAGGGAAUGAAGGAGGCUACUUUCACAUCACAACUGAUGCUAAAACCAACCAGGGGAUUAUAAUGAUUCAGAAGGAGCUGGAUUAUGAGGAGAUAAAGUCACUCAAUUUGGGAGUGGUCGUUUCCAACAAGGCAAAGUACGAUUUCGGAAGCUCCUCAUCGUCCUCUUCAGUUAUCUCAAAGUCCUACUCAGUGAAGGUCAAUGUGAUCAAUCAGAAGGAAGGACCCCGUUUCCAACCAUCUGUCAAAGUUGUCACUCUGUCAGAGGACCACACUUCGAUCUUCAUAAACAAAGUCAUCACUACUUACGCUGCCAUUGACAGCGACACGCAGCUGAUCGCCACCAACGUGAGAUACGCUAAGUUCCGUGACGAUGAUAACUGGUUGAUCAUUGAUGAAAGAACUGCUGAAAUUAGGCUGAAUAAACUGCCGGAUCGAGAGUCCAAGUUCUUGAUCAAUGGAACGUAUUAUGCCCAAAUCAUAUGCAUCAGUGAGGAAAUAACGUCAAAGACUGCCACAGGGACCAUCGCUAUUCAGGUGGAAGACUUCAACGAUCACUGUCCCAUAGUCACCACCACCAGUCAUACCAUGUGCUAUGGCGAAAAUGUCCUCUUCAUCACAGCCGUCGACAAAGACGAAUUCCCUAAUUCAGCCCCAUUUGACUUCACUGUGAUUUCAGCAAGCAGCCACGGGAAGUGGUCAGUGGAGCACUUCAAUGCGACAACGGCAAUCCUGCGGGAUCAAGAGCAUUUGUGGCCAGGCAUGUACAAAUUGGCCGUUGAGAUAAAGGACCAGCAAGGAGUGUCAUGCGCUGACGUACAGAUGCUUGAUGUGGUUGUGUGCACGUGCGAAGAAACUACUAAAACGUGUGUGUCGCGUAUCGAAAGACGUUCGGAUUUUGGUGUCGCAGGAAUUCUGUUUCUGCUCUUGGGGCUACUGCUGCUACUCUUGGUGCCUCUUCUGCUGCUUUUUUGCCUGUGUGGAGGAACCGGAGGAGACUUCAAGGCCAUUCCAUUUGAAACAAAACAGCAGCUUAUCUCCUACCAUACUGAAUGCCAAGGAGAAGAUCGGGAAGUCCCUCUCCUCCACACACCAGAUGCUGGACAGGUGACUAUUUCGAGAGACAUCAACACCUUAGGAGGAAAGAGCUACAUCGGGGGAUUGGCUGAAAGUGGUGGAGCGGUCAUCGGUGGCAAUGAAAACUCCGUCUUAACAACAGAUAAUGUGCACAUGUAUAAUGAAUACAACCAAUUCUCCGGCCAAGGAAGGAUUAAUGUCGUAGAUGGCGGGAUGAUGACUGGACAAGGUCAAUUCUCCCAGUACAGAGGCGGAGCCUGGGACGACUUGGCGCUGUCUGAUCACUUCCUGGAGGAAUACUAUUCUAGUAAGUCCAACCAUGCUGCUCAGCAGUCCCAGGAGAAGGAUGCUUUACUCGUGUAUGACUAUGAGGGCGGGGAGUCUCUCUCAGGUUCUGUGGGGUGCUGCAGCCUCCACGAGAACGACAACGACCUCUCGUUCCUCGAUGACCUGGACCCUAAAUUCAAAACCUUAGCUGAGAUUUGUUCAGGUUCUGUUCAAGUGGAUGCAGGCAUAUGUGUCCAUCCACCAGCCAGACCAGUUUCCCCUAUCAGGCCCUCCAUUCAGAAGAAUAUCCAGACUCACACUGAAACAUUUAGAGACAGGGAUCGUGUCCACAUUGACACCCUCAACACAUCCAAGGCAACAUCUGGAGCGUCAACCUUUGUCCAAGAGGGAUCGUCCACUCUCUCGAAGGUACACAUACAAGAAAAUGUUGUGAUUCCAGGUCAAACGCUGCUUGUGCAACAGCCUUUGUACUACGCUGCCGCACCCAUGUAUGUUGUCGAGCCUCAGUCCCAGAUGGUGCUUGUUGGUGCCCAGCAGGGUGUAGGUCAGGUCGGGCUGACACAAGGCUUAGUUCAAGUCAGCCAGCAGGGAGCCGGGCAGGUCGGGCUGACGCAAGGUCUGGUUCAAGUCAGUGGCCUCCAAGGAUCUCAAGGUGUGGUGCUUGUGGAUGGGCAAGUUGGUCAUGUGGCACAAGGAUCCUUGCCAAGACAAGUACUGGUGGUGGAGAACGGCGCUACUAGUGGGGGGCAAGGUGCACCGGUGGCCCUUAUACAAAGCGGUCAGGGAUCUAGCGCGCAAGCAACCUUGCAAAAACAAGUAUUGGUGGUGGAGAAGGGGGCUUCAGCCGGGGGUGCACAGGUAGCCAUUGCCCAGACAGGUCAGGGAACAAGUGAGCAAAGAUUGGACGUCAGGGGUCAACGUGUGCAGACUAAAAGUUUCUCACGGGCUUCUCAAGAUUCCACAGGGUCCAAGGAGAACUUUGCUUUAAAAGCCACACCCAAGACACAAGUUGGCCAGAGAGUUGUGGUGCAUCAACACAAAAAGGUGUCGGUCACAGAAAGGAAUAUGGAGUCUACGUCUAGAGCUUAGAGUAGAUAUUACUCUAGCUCUCAGCAUGUCCACUGGAAAAGCACCCAUGUAUACGUCACUGUACACCCAGAUGUACACGGACAUCCAUGUCCUCUUUUCGGUAAAGAUGACAUGGACAUGUAGUUGGGAUGACAUUUAUGCGGUCCUAAUGUUCAAAUACUGUAUGUUGUUAGUGGUUCUUGAAGAUUUACAGACUCCCGCUAUCGGACGUUUUUAUUAUUAUUUGGCUAAAUGUUAUAUAUCUGUAUUUUGUUUAAUUGAGAGAAACAAACUAGUCCAAUGCGGGGGUGGGAAUAGUACAAUACAAUAUUAUCAAGAUAUCUUGAUAAGCACGAAACAGCAAUUAAAAACAACAGUUGCUAUAUUCCAAGAAACGAUCUGUAGUACCCUAUUUAAUGAAUGACAAGAAACAUCUUAUACUUAAAGCUAAAACAAAUAAAGAAAUGAAAUUUCUCUUGUAAUUUUACUGUAAAGCCAGCGUGCAUACACCAUUUACUUAUUUUCCUACUGAAGGGUUCGGUGCACCACUGCGACCCUCGUGAGGAUAAGCAGCAGUUCAACAGUAUACGUAGUUUUUCACACACACUUACACAACCGGAAUGCAGUCUGGCCAAUAAAUUCCCUGUGCAGUAUUUGAGAAAAUCCUCCGUUUAUGUGGCGACAGUAUCUUUCAUAAAAAAUGCAGCAACUGUUGUGCCGUGUUAUAGUGUGCAUCCAUGAUUGUGUUUCUUAUUUUGUCAUGAAUUGUAGUUUCAUUUCAAAAUUGUUAUACACCAGUGUUUACUAUUGUUCCAAAAAUAAAUGUUCAAAAACAUCAGCAGUACAAAGUGAAUAAACAUUGUUGGCGCGCGGAUACGCUCUCAUGACAGAUUACGAUGCGAUAGUGAUGACCAUAUUUUAUCCCACCCCUUGCCAUCAGAUGAAAGUAGUAAGUGUUUAAUAAACCUUUUAUAGAGGACAAUGCUUUUGGUGUUAUUCUGAAAAAAUGACUAGUUUGUAGUAGUUAACUAUAGGCAUGCCAUUAACUUACCUUUGCUGGUAUUCAGCUUUAGUCAUAUUGUACCUUAACAGGGACUGUUGGGUUCUCGCUGUGAAGUAGAUCUAUUGAAUUAACACAAGCCCCUUUCAGACCUACUGUACGCUGAACUCCGGGAUUAAAACAGAUAGCCCUUAUGUCUGAAAGCAACUACACCGAGAUGACACGGACAUUAACCGGGUCGAGUCCUAGUAUGAUGUCCGGGACUUACCCGGGAUGCGGCAUGUGUGAAAGCAGCCAUUUAAUUCCCGGGUCACAGCGCAAAGGCUGAUAACCUAAAAUAUCAUGGCGGGCCGAUCGUCAUUUCUUCUUUCUUCGCAGUAAGACAAAAAGCGGUAAACAAACCUCAAAAUUAUCAACCUGACAAACUGGAAAUAGAAAAACAUUAAACUGGAAACAUAACGAAAUUAAGUUGCUACUGGAUCAUAGAGCCGAGGAAGAGAGAGUCCAUCAUCCGUCUUUGGAAAUGUGUGGUUUAUUUUGUUCCCGAUGCGUCGAGUCGCCAAGUCGGAAAGUGUCCAACCUGGGUAAUUCCCGGGACAUCUCCCCAUGUCUGAAAGCCAUGAUACGGGUAAAUUCCGCGUCACCCUACACUGAAAUUUACCGGGAUAGAAGUCUGAAAGGGGCUAUAUUAACUUUUUAAUCCUGCAAUUAAACCACAUUGUUGUCAUUUUCAAUUGCACUCCUUUUUUUUUCCUGUUAUACAAACGUGCUGUACAAAGUUAUUGAUGUGUGUUUUGCUUGCGUGUGUGUGGGUGUUGAGAGAGAGAGAGCUUAAAUCAAUGGCUUUCCCAUUGAUGUCAAAUAUUGGUUUUGAUACACGUCAUGUACGGUCUAAGUUCUAACAUGAUGAAUGUAAAUAUGAUGUAUUGCAUCAUAUUAAAAGUAAACAAAAAGCAGGUUUAUGUCUUGGCCUGUUAUUUUCUCCAUUUGCGUACAACAAUCAUAACAAGGGAAUAUGCAGAAAAGCUUUAUUAGAAAAGGGGAACGACAUACUGAACAACUGCUUCCUUGUCCAG